AUGCUCUGCACACGCGUUCCCGCCCUCCCCAUUGUAUCACUCGUCGUGCGUGGUUGUAGCCUCUUUGCGCGCGGGGUUCGGUGGGGAAGAGACGUUCACGUCGCCCCCGCAGCCGGCCGCACCGCGCAGGUUCCUAGAGAAGCGAGACGAGGCGCACGGGCGGGUGGUGGGGUCGCGCAGCCAAGCGACCGAGACACCGCCGCCAGCAUGCAAAAAGAGGCUAGAGAGCAACAAGCCCACCAACACGUUCCGCGGCGAAGAACGGUGAGGCGGCAGGCCGUGGGCGGCGCCCUCCGGGCGCUGGCGGAACUAGAUGCGAACACGCAUGAAGCCAAGUGCAGCACCCCUUCUCAAGGGCAGCGGCGCCAGAGCCACGAUUGGGGCGGGGCGCAGUUGAUGCCGCCCCACCAAAGCACAGAGGCACAGCCCGCGACAAAAAAUGCGUGCAAGCGUAGUCCCCGAAGUGUGACUCCGCUGGCCUCGUGUGCGAUAACGGUGGUUUCGCUUAGCGCCUCCGACCGUGACGAAGAUGCACUGAGCGAGGACGCAAGGGGAGAUGGGUGCAGCAGUGUCGCACAGGGGGCCAUGCACGCGCGGCGCCCGGCCGGGGCGGCUCGCAGGAAGGGCUUCAAGGGGAAGCUGCUGCCCUCCAACUUGGCGUCGCCGCCCUCACUAUCCCCGGCCUCGCUUCCUCCUCGGGUGAGAGUACGCCCCGGCCGGCCCCAACAGGGACGCAAGCGGGAGUCGCUCACGGAAGAGGAGUUGGGUGCCUUCGCCGCGCUUGCCGCCGCUGACGAGGAUGACGAGGACGACGAGGACGACGACGGCGACAUCGGCGGCUACGAGGACGAGUCGGUCGUGGUGUGUCCCUUUCGACUUCUGGGCAGCUGCCUGAAGGGGCAGCACACGCAGCGGGAGCUGCUGUCAAACCACACCAUCCACUCCCAUCUAAUGUCACUGGCCGGCCUUGUGCAUGAGCUACGCACCGAGCAGCGCAUCACGGAGAGGGAGUGCCAGCAGCUGCAUAUGAAAGUAGAGUCGCAGCGAAUGACUAUUGAACGAUUGGAGAGGUGUGCGUUGUCUCAAGCCGCCGCUUCCGGCGCUUCCCCGCACCCCGAAGUCGCAACCCCGCACGAAGCGGGCUCCGCGGCCCCGCAGAAGCGUGCCGGUGGAGGCGCCGAGAGCCGUCGUGCGCCCGGGUCCGCUCUGUCGCCGGCGGAGGGACGGCCGGUGGCUGUGGCGCCGGAAACAGGGCCGUCUGACGCCAGCACGUCUCAUGUCAAAGGGGGGUCGUUGGUACAACGCGUACGACGCCGCGCCUCCGUGAAUGCGCUCGCUUUGGUAUCGAGUGAGACGCAGACGGCCAACAAUGCGGGCGGCCUCCUCGCCGACAAGGAGGAGCGCACGCGGACCGCAAAGCGUAUGGCCGAGGAAAUAGGCACCCCCACUGAACUGUCGCGUACGGCGCUGGACGCAUUCUCACUGAACGAGACAAGUAGGGCAUCCGUAUCCGCGGCAACUACGCACGUCGGCGGGGGACGGCAGCUGAGUUCACCGAAGCGGCGAGAGAACACAGUGCGCGGGCAAAAAGAAAUCCACGAGGGCGCCGCGGGGGACGCCAGCCCCAUCACCGUUGUUGGCUCGCAGCAGGACGAGGUGUCGUCGAACGAUGAGGUGGUCUUGACGAUGGCUUGCAGUGUGCAUCCCCCCGUAGACCCCACGCGGCUUCCAUCCCCGGGCGAGGGUCGUGCAGGGAGCUCAAAUUCUCUCGUACGCAAACGUCAGGAACGGCAAAGUGGGGCAAAUGGCAACGGCACCACCGGCUGGAGCAUCAAGAAGAGGCUCUACAGUUUUCGACACCCACACUAA